GCACCACACAUGAUUUUCCAUUGAACAACACAUGGCGGACGUGCCUGCAGACGCCCCGGAGAGUUGUCCCGGUACGGCCAGCGAGCUUGCCGGCAAGGCAUCUCCGUGCCAGGGCUGCCCCAACCAGUCCAUCUGCGCAUCCGGAGCUGCAAGAGGACCGGAUCCCGAUGUGGUGGCCAUAACGCAGCGCCUCUCCUCUGUGAAGCAUGUGCUGCUGGUUCUCUCUGGCAAGGGCGGAGUGGGCAAGAGCAGCGUGACGUCGCUGCUCGCCAGUGGCCUGGCAGCCGGCGCCGGAGAACCCAAUGUUGCUGUGCUGGACGUAGACGUCUGCGGGCCCUCCCAGCCGACCAUCUUGGGUCUCCAAGGAGAGCAGGUGCAUCAGAGUGGCUCCGGUUGGUCUCCUGUGUUUACGGAGGACAAUGUGGCCGUGCUGUCGGUGGGAUUCCUGACGGGCCCCGACGACGCCGUCAUCUGGAGAGGUCCGCGAAAGAACGGUAUGAUCAAGCAGUUUCUGCGGGAUGUGGACUGGGGCGAGGUGGACUUUCUGCUGGUGGACACCCCUCCCGGAACUUCAGACGAGCACCUGAGCCUGGCACAGUACCUUAAGGACUGCAACCUGGACGGGGCCCUGCUGGUCACAACGCCGCAGGAAGUGUCGCUGCAAGACGUGCGGAAACAGGUGGGGUUCUGCCGCCAGGCAGGAAUUCCGAUCCUCGGCAUUCUGGAGAACAUGCGGGGAUUCACGUGCCCCAAGUGCAAGGUGACGAGCGAGUUGUUCCCUGCCAACACGGGAGGCGCUGCCGCUCUCUGCCAGGAGCUGGGACUGCCAUUUCUAGGAUCCCUGCCGCUGGACCCGACGCUUGCCAAAGCGUGCGACGAGGGAGUGCCCUUCCUCCGCCAGUUCCCAGAGGCUCCCGCUGCCCGUGCCUGCACCCAGCUGGUUCAGAAUCUGCUAGGUCGGCUGACUGGUGGCGACAUCCGAUCCUAGCGGCCAUUCCGAGACCUGCACAGAAGGAGCGUUGGGAGGAGCGUCGUCGUCUGCGAGCGAUCGGUUGAUAGAGACGGUCCUACUUGUUGCGAAGCCAGGAGGCUAUUUCCAUCAUGACAAACUCGCGCACCAUGUCGUCGGGUAUCUUGGCGAUGGCCUCUUGCGCCUUGACCCCGCCGUCCUUGUAGUAGUCGACGAGGGCUUCGGCGUACUUGAGCCAAACGCAGUUGGAGCAGCCGCUCUUGCAACAGUCUUCGUCGCCCGGCGGCGUCGGCGGUUUCUUGUUAUCCGUCGAUGAGUCGUCGGACUCUUCAAAACGCCGCGAAGGCGGCUGGCUGAAGCGACGGAGGCGCAUCAUGCCGCAUCGGUCGGCUAAUAGCUUGGUCAACGUUUUCGCGCGCAUACCGAUGCUGUUGAUCAGCAGGCGUUGCGUGGCUGGAGGUCGGCCCUUGGGUCAUCUCGGAGUCAUAUUUAGGUGUUCUUGAAAUAAACCGCUCUUGUGCGAUGUUUUUCUUCGGUGCUGGAGUGAA